AUGUUUGUCUACAAGAGAGACGGACGCAAAGAACGCGUACAGUUCGACAAGAUCACAGCUCGUGUGUCAAGGCUCUGUUAUGGGCUUGAUCCUGAGCAUGUCGACGCUGCCGCUAUCACUCAAAAAGUCAUCUCUGGCGUCUACCAGGGUGUCACGACAGUUGAGCUGGACAACCUGGCUGCUGAGACGGCCGCUUACAUGACCGUCACCCACCCAGACUACGCCAUCCUUGCCGCUCGUAUCGCCGUGUCGAACCUCCACAAGCAAACCAAGAAGCAAUUCUCCCUCGUCAUCUCAGAUCUUUACCACUAUGUCAACCCCAAGAAUAAGAAGGCUGCGCCUAUGAUAUCACAAGAAACGUACGAGAUUGUGAUGAAACAUGCCGACGAGCUCAACUCUGCGAUUGUCUACGACCGGGAUUUCAACUACAACUUUUUCGGUUUCAAGACCCUUGAGCGGUCAUACCUUCUGCGUCUCAACGGCAAGGUUGCCGAGCGUCCUCAGCAUUUGCUGAUGCGUGUUGCUGUCGGUAUUCAUGGCAACGAUAUUGAGAGAGCCAUCGAAACGUACAACCUGAUGUCCCAGAAGUUCUUCACACACGCCUCCCCGACCCUGUUCAAUGCGGGUACUCCCCAGCCUCAGCUAGCUUCUUGCUUCCUGGUCGACAUGAAGGAAGACAGUAUCGAGGGUAUCUACGACACAUUGAAGACCUGUGCUAUGAUUUCAAAGACUGCUGGUGGGAUUGGUCUCAACGUUCACCGCAUCCGUGCUACUGGAUCUUACAUCAGUGGUACCAAUGGAUCGUCCAACGGAAUUCUCCCCAUGCUUCGAGUUUUCAACAACACCGCUAGAUACGUUGAUCAAGGAGGAAACAAGCGUCCGGGUGCCUUUGCUAUCUACCUUGAGCCCUGGCACGCCGACGUUUUCGAGUUCUUGGACCUGCGCAAGAACCACGGAAAGGAGGAAGUGAGAGCCCGUGACCUGUUCUAUGCUCUUUGGACCCCCGACCUAUUCAUGAAGCGUGUCGAGGCCAAUGGUGAUUGGACCCUCUUCUGCCCUAACGAAGCCCCUGGCUUGGCAGAUGUCUAUGGCGACGAGUUUGAUGCUCUUUACGAACAGUACGAGAGGGAAGGCAGAGGUCGCCGGACCGUCAAGGCUCAGAAACUCUGGUAUGCCAUUUUGGAAGCUCAAACCGAGACCGGCAACCCCUUCAUGCUGUACAAGGAUGCUUGCAACAAGAAGAGCAACCAGAAGAAUUUGGGAACCAUUCGCAGUUCCAACCUGUGCACAGAGAUUGUCGAGUACAGUGCUCCUGAUGAGGUUGCUGUUUGCAACCUUGCCUCCCUUGCGCUCCCUACCUUUGUUGACGCUGCUCGCGGCGAGUAUGACUUUGGAAAGCUGCACGAAGUCGUCCAGGUGCUGGUUCGCAACCUGAACAAGAUCAUCGACAUCAACUACUACCCCGUCCCCGAAGCCAAGAAGAGUAACUUCCGCCACCGCCCGAUUGCCCUUGGUGUCAACGGCUUGGCUGAUGCAUUCCUUGCUCUGCGUUUGCCAUUCGACUCCGCCGAGGCCAAGCAAUUGAACAUUCAGAUCUUUGAGACCAUCUAUCACGGUGCGUUGACCGCAUCUUCUGACCUCGCCAAGCAGCAUGGGCCUUAUGAGACCUACCAAGGCUCCCCUGUCUCGGAGGGUAUCCUGCAGUAUGACAUGUGGGACCGCACCCCAACCGAUCUUUGGGAUUGGGAUGCUCUCAAGGCCAAGAUUGCUCAGACUGGUGUCCGCAACAGUCUUCUUGUUGCUCCUAUGCCUACCGCAAGUACCAGCCAAAUCCUCGGUUUUAACGAGUGCUUCGAGCCCUACACCUCCAACAUCUAUUCUCGCCGUGUCCUUGCCGGUGAGUUCCAGGUUGUCAACCCUUGGUUGCUCAAGGAUCUUGUCGACCUUGGCCUCUGGUCCGACAACAUGAAAAACCGCAUCAUCGCCGACGGUGGUUCCGUGCAGAACAUUCCCAACAUCCCCGAUGACAUCAAGGCUCUCUACAAGACUGUUUGGGAAAUCUCUCAGCGACGGAUCCUGGAGAUGGCUGCAGAUCGUGGUGCGUACAUUGAUCAGUCUCAGUCUCUCAACAUCCAUCUCAAGGAGCCCACCAUGGGCAAGAUCACUAGCAUGCACUUUGCUGGCUGGAAGAUGGGUCUGAAGACUGGCAUGUACUACCUGCGUACCAUGGCCGCCUCUGCUCCCAUCCAGUUCACUGUCGACCAGGAGCAACUGAAGGUUGAAGAUACCAACGUUGCCCGAACCACGAAGAAGCGCGUCGGUGCUGCGGCAGCCAGUUACUCGGCAGUUCCCCGUGCUCCCCUUGAGCAGGUGAACGGCAACAGCGAGAACGCCACCAACGGCAUCUCUCAUGAGGCUGAGGUCAACGGCGAUGCUCAGAGUGAUGAAGAAGAGAAGAAGGAAGGCGAGCCCAGCGAGGCCGACAUCUACUCGCAAAAGGUCCUCCAAUGCAGCAUUGAGAACAAGGAGGCCUGCAUUAUGUGCCAAGGCUGA